CAGGUCCCGCCCCGCCAGACGCUGGGGCCAGAAGAUGGCGGCGGCCGCGGAGCUGACGCUGCUGGAGAAAUCCCUGGGGCUGAGUAAGGGGAACAAAUACAGCGCUCAGGGUGAGCGACAGAUUCCAGUUCUUCAAACAAACAAUGGCCCCAGUCUAACAGGACUGACUACUAUAGCAACUCAUCUAGUCAAGCAGGCCAACAAAGAGUAUUUGCUGGGGAGGACCGCAGAAGAGAAAGCCGUAGUUCAGCAGUGGUUGGAGUACAGGGUCACUCGAGUCGACGGACAGUCCACCAAAGAGGAUCUCCGCACCCUGCUGAAGGAUCUCAAUUCGUAUCUUGAAGAUAAAGUCUACCUUACAGGACACAACUUUACCUUAGCAGAUAUCCUCCUCUACUAUGGACUCCAUCGCUUUAUAGUUGACCUGACAGUUCAAGAAAAGGAGAAAUAUCUUAACGUGUCUCGCUGGUUUUGUCACAUCCAGCAUCAUCCAGGCAUCAGGCAACAUCUGUCUAGUGUUGUCUUCAUCAAGAACAGACUCUAUACUAAUUCCCACUAGAAGCUGCCCCUGUCCAGAAGAGCGAUCCCAAGUGUUGUAAACGCAAGGUCUGUCCUGGACUGUGAAUUGGAGGACUCGUGAAUUGAUGUUGCAGUCUUUCUUUGUUUGCUGAAGUUGAUGCAGGUUUCAAGUCUAUUCUGGUGUCUUAACGUUUUAUUCCUUCUUUAGUUUGACAUUUUGCAAUUUUUUUAUGUAAAAAUUCAACUGCUAUCCAAGAAAGUUGAGAUCAAGUUAUAAAUAACCUUGUUUUCAUAGGUGCAAUUUAUUUUAAUAAAAGCUCCAAAUCAAUGGUUUAACCUUAAAAAAGAAUAGACAGUCCUUACCGUGGUUGACGUAUCUGGCUAUCAAUUAACCUCUCAUGUCCAAAAGUUCCUUUUGCCCUUAUGAUAUUUAUAGUCAUUUGUUUGUUGAGAACGAUAAAUGGUGCCAAGAAGACAGAAAGGGGAGACCGGUGGAUUUGUAUUUAGAUAUUUAUGUGAGCUAGUAAACGUGAUUGAAAAAAAAUUUGUUUCUUUCUUUCCUGUGGUGUCUUUCUUCCCAGUAUUCAUUGGGGUGAAGCCAACUGCUGAACUGUCCUAGAAGACACUGGAUUAAGGCACAUUCCCCUUGGGAGAAUGAUUCUUCUUCCUUGUUGGUUUAUUGGCAUGUGCCAGAGGAGAUGGGAAAGUCCCGGGAUCCCACAAGUUUUGGGUUUAUAAUGAUGAGAUCUUUCUAAGCUGAAAGCCGACUUUUAGAGGAUGGCGGCUGCCUGGGCACUGUGCGAAGAGACAGUUUGUUGUAGAGCCCUUCCUGACUCGGCAGACUCGUCGCCAGUGCUCCAGAGCUCCAGAGCUCACCUAGCCAAAUCUUAAGGGAAAUGGAGCCUUUGAGCGCUGGACUGGUUCAUGCUGCUUAAUGUUUCGGUGCUGUUGCCCAGUCUAACCAGUAUACGGCUCAAAGUCCAAGCAGACGAGCAGUUACUAAGAAGAUACACAGCACUUUGAGUCCUGUUUAAUCACUUACUAGCCAAGCAGUGUACCCUGUUCUUAAUGUGAAAAAUAAAGUAACUGUAAAUUUGGAGCAUUAAAGAAGAAAAUAUGUGUGGAAAAAGCUUAACAUACGGCCAUGGCUGUCAGAAAAGGUUAAUUUCCUUUCUCUUCUCCAGGCAAAUCAGGAUUUUGUGUUUCUUUUUACAGGGUUGGGGAACCUUUCUUUCACCAAGGCCAUUUGGAUAUUUACAACAUUCACGGGCCAUACAAAGUUAGCAGCUUAACAAUGGGCUUGUUGUAGGUUUACUGAAUUUCCAGUCCUGCCUGCAGCUGCCUUGGCAGGGCCAGUCCAAAUGGCUUUGUGGAGCUUAUGUGGCCUGUAGGCCACAGUUCCCACCCCUGGCUUAGGAGGACAUGAAGAUUCUGAGUUCCCCACUUUGCCCUUCUUGUUACUGAGUCAAGAGAGUGGCUAGGGCCUGACAGUUACGAUGCCAGUUGGAAUGCCUGUAUCCCAUAUCGGAGUGCCUCGAUUUGAGUCCUGGCUCUGUAUCCUAUUCCAGUUUCCUACUAAUGCACACCCUGAGAGACAAUGGCUUAAGUAGUUAGGCCCCUGCCACUCGCAUGGGAGACCCAGACGGAGUUCCUAGCUGCUGGCCUCGCCCUGACUUGGCGGCAGUUAGGACUGAGCCAGCGGAUAAGUGCUUGUUCUCAUUCGCGCACUUGCUUGCUUUCAUUCUUGCUCUCUUUCCCUCUCUGCCUCUCAAAUAAGCAAAAUAAUAAAUUUCUUUUUUAAAAAAAGUGUGUGGGUGUUACAUUAGAUGAGGACAGUUUUUAUGUGUACAUACCGGUCUUUAAAUUAGAAAUCAUAGACUUAAAUCUGCUCGCUCAGAGACUAGAGGACACAGGUGAAUCUUGGGAGUUGUCAUCAGGCCCACUCUCCCUUUCAGGCAAAUCACUGCCCGGCCGGGUCUGUGAGCCCACCAUAUGGUGUCGUGGCUUCAGAGUACCCCUCCACCAACACUGCCUUCUCCCUCUUGUCGGCAGGAGAGAAGCAGAGCAGGUAGGGUUGACAGGACAUGGGCCAUGUAGCCCUCCCAUCCCAGCUUUUGACAGAAUGAAGUGCACAGUGUUGGCAUAACAGGUGCUACUUGGUUCUACUGUGUGUCAGGACUUCCCCCCCACUAACUUAGAUCCUAAAAGAUGAGGGGAUGGAGGAAGAGAAAAACCUGGCUCCUACGGUAGCCAAGGGUUAGAUAAUGUCCAACAGCACUGCCCGAAAUGUCUUCUCCGUACCUGAUGGCCUCUUCUGUGUUCAACUUCACUGUGUGCUGAAGUCCAUCCUGACUGCUCAAGUCUGCUCCAACCCCUGAUUGUGGCAGAAGCCUCAUCAUGUUGUAAUUAACUUCUCUCUUCCACCAGACUUCUCAUUCCUUGAGAGCAGGGAAUUUUCCCUUAUGUAUCCAGUCCUCUCAAAACAAUGGGUGGCACACAGUAGGUGCUGAAUGCCUAUUCCGUCCUUAAGUUCAGUUUAUGGGCCAGUAUUGACGUCAGAGCUCUAGUCAGUCUGCUUGACGGACCGUUCUCCGAAACCUUACUAAGCUACAUCUGUCUUCACAUCUGGCUACCGCGGCUAGGAAAGAGGCCAAAAAUACAGUCCUUCCAUGGACACAGUGCCACCCAGAAUACAUGCUGUGCUCUUUCAGAAUGAGAAAAGGUGAUACUAGGUAGGUACCUGGCAUCUCUCAGAGAGUGGAUCUUAAACAGGGAAAUAGCUUUUGAAUGCCACAGGGUCAGUUGUAAAAGAAUUUAGUUAGUAAACUGUUGACAGUUCAUGAAUCACUUCACUGUUUUGGAAAAUGUUGUUUGAAAAGUAGUCAUCAAGGGUACACAGUGCCAUGAGACCAAAGAAAAGGGACAAAUCCAGGACCCAGAAUGAUUUAUGUACUGACCGAAGCAUGGUCUCCAGCAGCUGUAAGACAAUCCUGUGGAUCUCUAUGUCACAAAGCAGAAGAAAAAGGGUUUUAUAGACAAAAGUGGCCCUUAGCUACUGUGCCUGGACUUUCUCAAGAAAUAUUGACAUCCAGAGGGUGGGAUGGUUGUCUCAGGGCGUUAAUCCACUGCCUGGGUCAUCUGCAUCCCAUACCAGGGUGCCCGAGAUGGAGUCCUGCUCCUGCUUCCAGUCCAGCUUCAUGCUAAUGUACAUCCUGGGAGGCAGUGAUGGCUUAAGGACUUGGGUUCCUGCCACCCACGUUGAAGACAGAUUGAGUUCCUUGGGCUUUGAGCUGGCCCAUCCCUGGCAGUGGUAGGCAUUUGGGGAACAAACCAAUGGAUGGAAUCAAUUGCUCUCGCUCUCUCUCCUCUGCCUCUCAAAUAAAUAACAAUUUAACAAACAAUUUAACAUGGCCAGCAUUAGAUAGGGAUAUUCCAAUGUCUGGCCCAGAAGGACAAGCCCAUUAGGCUACCUUAUUGUUUCUCCCAAAGGGCUUAGGAUGACCUUCCGGCUAACCUAAAGGACUAGAUGACUGUUAAAUCCAAAGUGGUUGCAGUAAUGUCAUACUGAGUCCCUACAACUGACCACAAUUUUAUUUUCAUAAUUCAGAAACUACUUGCAGGACCCUGUGAUAUACAGAUUUAUCAUUAUGAAAAUCUAUUAAGGCUCCUUUAAAAAUAAAAACAGUAAUAGCUGCCAUUUAUUGAGUAUGUAGUAUAAAUCAGGCACCAGUCCAGGUGCUUUUAGUGAAUUUGCUCCUUUACAAUCCCUUUCUGCAGAUAAGAGAACAGAGAAAUUAAGGAGCUAGUCCAAGGUCACACACUGAUCCCAGUCAUCAAGGGGCUAGGAUGAAACCUGAGCAUCUGGCUCAAACUGAAAGUGUAAGCCACUUUACAGGUGUGCUCGUGAAAUUCUGAGUCGAUGGGUGAACUCAAUGUUUACCCACCUUAGGAGAAAGUAGCCUUGGGCAUUGGCUAAAAUACAUGCGAAUAUACUUCAGGGGCUGGCAUUGGGUUAACAGGUUAAGCCACUUCUGCAGCACCAGCAUCCCAUAUGCUGAUGGCCCAGGUCCCUGGGCCCCUGCCACCCCUGUGGGAGACCUGGAAGAGGCUCCUGACUUUGGCCUGGCCUAGCUCCAGCUGUUGCUGCCAUUUGGAGAGUGAAACAGCAGAUGGAAGAUCUGUCUCUCCAUCUCUAACGCUGCCUUUCAAAUAACUUUUUUUUUAAAUUAAGAAGCUGCCUUGUUUGAACCUGACUUAAUGCCUAUACCCAUCUUUAAAAAAAGAUUUAUUUAUUUGAAAGGCAGAAUUACAGAGAGGGGAGAGAGAGAGAGAGAGAGAGAGAGGUCUUCCAUCUGCUGAUUCGCUCCCCAGAUGGUCUUAAUGGCCAGAGCUGCACCAAUCUGAAGCCAGAAGCUUCUUCCAGGGUCUCCCACAUGGGUGCAGGGGCCCAAGGACUUGGGCCAUUUUCUACAGCUUUCCCAGACCGUAGCAGAGAGCUGGAUCAGAAAUGGAGCAGCCAGGACUUGAACCGGCACCCACAUGGGAUGCCAGCACCACAGGCAGUGGCUUUACCUGCUA